ACCAAAAUGAGUAGCCUGGAUGGGGACGAUAAGCUCCCUUUCGCUAAAAACCGCGACCUCGAUACUCCCGAUAGUGUCGCAGAAGACCCGGACCCACACCAGUACCAGAGGCUCCGAAGGGAAACCGAUGUGACACAGGUGAUGGCGGACAUGGCUGGAGUCACCCUGGAGACCGCUUCGGAUUCUUUCGACUGUGGUUUCGCGCUCCGCUUUCGACUUCCUAUUAAUCGCAACCAGGCUGCGAACAAAGCUGGGCAGGAAAAGGCUCCACCUCCCACCGGACGUCCAAAAGCGGCCUCUGCCUCCAUUGCAUUUGACUGCAGCCUGAAAAAUGGUCGUCAAGGUGGGGAGCUGCGCGGCCCUGUAGGGGAGAAGGCCCUAGAAGCCUGUGGCGCAGUAGGGUUGGGGUCUCAGAUGAUGCUUGGGGCAAAAGCCAAGGAAGUGACGACUAAAAAGUGCGCCAUCUCAGCGGCAGCUGAAAAGAAGAGAGAAGCAGAGGGGUUGGAAAAGAAGGUGGUACAGAAGGAAAGAAAGGUGGUGGGGAAGAAGAAAGUCGAGAAAGGGGCCAUAGUACCGAAGAUCAAUAACUGCAUGGACUUACUGGAGGCCACUGAUCAGGAGCUGUCAAACGGAAAUGUUCAGGCUGACCGGGCCUUCCUUCAGCUGGAGCGUAAGUUUGGCCUAAUGCGAAGGCUCCAUAUGCAGCGCAGGAGCUUCAUCAUCCAGAAUAUCCCAGUUUUCUGGGUCACUGCCUUUCGGAACCACCCCCAGUUAUCACCGAUGAUAAGUAGUCAAGAUGAUGAUAUGAUGAAGUACAUGAUCAAUUUGGAGGUAGAGGAGCUUAAACACCCCAGAGCAGGCUGCAAAUUCAAGUUCAUCUUUCAGUGCAACCCCUACUUCCGAAAUGAGGCGCUUGUCAAGGAAUAUGAGCGCAGAUCCUCUGGCCGGAUCGUGUGUCUUGCCACUCCAAUCCGAUGGCACCGGAGCCAAGACCCUCAGUCCCACGUCCACAGGAAUCGGGAAGGAAACACUAUCCAUAGCUUCUUCGACUGGUUCUCAGACAACAACCUCUUAGAAUUUGACAAGAUUGCUGAGAUCAUCAAAGAGGAACUGUGGCCCAAUCCCCUGCAAUACUACCUGAUGGGUGAAGGAGCCCGCAGAGGAAUGGGAGGCCCAGCAAGACCACCAGUGGAGAAUCCCAUGUUGUUCAGAUUCCAGUCGGGUUAA